AUGAAAGACUUGAUCCGGGCUUUUCAAUUGCUCGUCCUUUUUAUUUCAUCUACAUUUGCCUAUAGACUCUCAGAAGAAGCUCAACUCCCAUUUGAGAUCAAUCGUCAUACUCUCGAAGGAGAUCCCGGCUUUAUUGCCCCAAUUUUUCCCAUCCUCCCUUUUCACAAAUACUCUCAAAACCCUAUACUGACACCAAACGUCAAGAAUGACUGGGAGUCGGCAUACGUUUACAAUCCGACCGCCAUGGUCCUCAAUGAAACAGUCUUCUUGCUUUACCGAGCUCAAAACGCUAGCAAAACUUCAGCCAUCGGGCUUGCGUGGGCGAGUGAUGGGUACAACUUCACAAGACUGAAUCGACCCAUCUUCUCGGCCACAGAAGACUGGGAAAUGGGCGGUGGGACUGAAGAUCCAAGGAUCGUCCGUGUCAAUGGCACGUUCUACUUGACCUACACGGCGUUCGAUUUACAGACGCCCCGACUGUGCAUCUCCACCAGCGAGGACUUGUUGACUUGGACCAAAUAUCCACCCCUCUUCAUGACAUCUCAUGAUGUCGUUGGGGGAGCAGCUGGCAUGGACCACACGAAGAGCGGUGCGAUAGUCACCGAGCCGACGGCUGAUGGAUUCUACCAUAUGUAUUUCGGCGAUAGUGUCUUCUAUCACGCAACCUCCACCGACCUCCUGAAUUGGACCACGUCCAAAGUACCGUUCGCGGCGCCCGUAUAUCCUUGGGAAAAUGGACUGAUCGAGCCUGGACCUGCACCGGUCAAAACCAGAGAUGGUCGCUGGUUGUUGAUUUACAACGCCAUGACUACAGGUGAAGGUGGAUAUAGAGCAACACAAUAUUCCGUUGGACAAAUGCUACUCAAUCCGGCGAGCGAAGUUGAACACGAUUCACCGUCAUUUAUAGUACCGGAUUCAAUGCACCGGAACGGUCAUUCUCACAACCUCAUUGUGUCGCAGGGAAAAGCCCAACAAAUUUCCCAGGCGGCACAAAAUCGUCUGUUGUGCGAUGAAGGUGCACAAAAGACACAAAAAGGCUACCAACAUCCCGUCGCACGCCUCGAGACCCCCUUUCUCGUACCGAGCACUCCGGAAGAGGAGGAGGGUCAAGUCGACCUCGUGGUUUUCGCCGAGGGCUUGGUCCAGUUCAAGGGGAAAUGGUUUUUGUAUUACGGUCAAGCAGAUCAGACCGUCGGUGUGGCCGUUGCGGACGUUCAACCUUGAAUGCUGUUGGCCAUUCCUACCUUGACAAACCAAAAGCUUUUUUUAUAGAAUACAGUGGAAACACACUGUAUCGAUGUAAAAGACGUG